AUGGGCGUCCCUUUUGAGGCCCUGCUGCCGUAUGUGAUCAUGACCGGAAUGUUUGGGGUCACAGGUGCCGGUCUUGCAUCUCUCCGAUACUACACAAACGACUACAAGCGACCCAGAAGACAAUUAGACGUGUGGGAUAGACAAAUGAUGGAUAGAGAUUAUCGGUUAACGGGAAGGACGAGAGGACAAUCGGAUGCGGUGGAAGCGCCUGUUGGCUUUGAAGUGAACAGCAGAUGGAAGGCCGAGCCACGAAUCAAAUGA